GUGCGGAGUGCAAGUGCUCGCAUUAUGCGUCGGGCGCUGGCUGUUCAAAACGGAUACUGUGUGCAUUUACCUAUUCGUUUGCCUCUGGAUGGUUUGGUGCCACCUACGUGUCGCCCACCACCAGGGCUGGAGCGGGCAACUGCCGAUUUGGUUCUAGAUUAUCUCUUGUUGCGCGAUCCACCUGUUGUUAAACGCAGUUUGGAGGAGGAGGAGGAGGCUGACAUUAAGACUGUUUCGGAGAGUCUUUCUUGCCGUAUGCAGGCUUCUGAAUCGCUGGUUGAUGUAGAUAUUGGAGUGCAGGCUUCUGAAUCGCUGGUUGAUGUUGGAGUGCAGACGGUUGAUGUUGCGGACUUUCAUUGUGAAGGCGGCUGUCAGACAGAUAGUGUCGUUGGGAUGGAGGGAGGAGCUGGAGGCACCCUCGAGUGCGGAGUCUUCUCCGAACGUGCAGUCUGAUUCCGAUAGCCGCGCCUUGUCAGGAGCGUCCCAGGGGUGUCUGAAUCGUCCCGUCACGCUCAAUGAGGUAUCGAAGGAGUCGCGCCAGAGGACUCGAGGGAGAGAUCGUGACAAGGUCAAGGGGACAUCGACGUGCUCUCAGGCCACCAUUGCCGAUGUCAAAGCGUGGAUUGACGCUGUUGCCAGCAUCAACGAGUUGAAUGCGAUCCAGUAUUUAAAGAACGGAAUGGAUUUGUUUGAUAAGCUGGUGACAGAACGUGGGUUCCCUACAAAGAAGGCCCAAAAAGAUUAUGCUCGGAAACUGUAUGAGAUGCUCCAGAAUGUGCAAGCGACGCUGGAGGAUCUUCUAGGAUUCUUCGAGGUGCACAGGUUCUUGACAGGACAAAUGAACCGCGCCGAGAUGGCCAAGUUUCUUGAGGUUUCCAAGUGCAGCGAUUACCGAAUAAUAUUCUUCGGACGCCCGAGGAGUUUCGACAAGUUGGGAUGAAGCUAUUCGUGCGCACUUGUAUGCAGCUUUCGGUUUAGAACAGCGAAGGCUGUAAUGCUUGUAUCUCACCUGUUCUUGUUUUCCUCACUUUAUCUCUCUGUUUGACCUCUCGCUGGAGCCAUGAUGGCUCUACGGCCCGUUGUGGGCCCCACUGAGCGCUUCAGGUGUGUAAAGGGCAGGGGCCCUUCAUCUUCUUCAGGUGACGUUCUUCCACGGGUUGUUUCCCCGUCUAAUUCGUUGAUUACUUCACAC